GUUACGCGUUUCCGACGCGAUUCAACUUAUGCCGCGUGAAGGAGAUAAUAUCUAAAGAACAUCCAAGGGUUGUUUGAGGAUGGCGUUUUUUCAAGCAAAGUCGACAUCAGCAACGUCGAAACAUUCUGUAGACCCAGCACAUCAACCAUGGGUAGAAAAAUAUCGACCAAAGACCAUAGAUGAUGUCUCGGCACAAGAGCAUACAAUCGCAGUACUGCGGAAAACACUGGUCUCGACGAAUCUCCCUCACAUGUUGUUCUAUGGACCCCCCGGAACUGGUAAAACAUCCACCAUUCUUGCACUUGCAAGGCAACUCUUUGGACCUGAUAACUUUCGAAACCGAGUCUUAGAGCUCAAUGCAUCAGACGAGAGAGGCAUCAGCAUAGUCAGAGAGAAGAUCAAAUCAUUCGCCCGUCAAACACCUCGAGCACAGGCAGUGGCAUCAGAUGGAAACGUUUAUCCCUGUCCGCCAUACAAAAUCAUCAUUCUCGACGAAGCAGAUUCCAUGACACAAGAUGCGCAAGGUGCAUUACGGCGGAUAAUGGAGACCUACGCCCGAAUAACUCGUUUCUGUCUUGUUUGCAAUUAUGUGACAAGAAUAAUCGAACCUCUCGCGUCUCGAUGUUCAAAGUUUCGUUUCACGCCUCUUGAUUCGACAUCAACCUCAUCCCGACUCUCUCACAUCGCAAGCGCAGAACAUAUUGACGUUAGUCCUGAGGUCAUUUCUACCCUGAUCGAGACCUCUGGUGGUGACCUUCGUCGCUCCAUCACAUAUUUGCAAUCUGCGUCUCGAUUAUCUUCCUCCACCAACCCUCCGGUGCCAAUCACGCCUCACGACAUCCAGGAGAUAGCAGGUGUUGUUCCAACUGCUGUUAUAAACGAUUUUGCGAAGACUCUCGGCGUAUCCGUCGUCGAGGACAUGGAUGUUGAUGACUUGCCGACAAACUGGAAACUGAAGGGUUUCAAUGCCGUCCAGAAAAAGGUCAAGGGCAUCAUGCGAGAAGGAUACUCAGCAUCACAGACACUCUCACAGCUUCAUGACACUAUCAUACUGCAUCCGACGCUGCCUGCACGACAAAAAGCAAAGUGCGCUCUCGCUUUUGCAGAAGCCGAUAAAGCUCUGUGUGACGGUGCUGACGAAGAACUAUGGGUACUCGAGGUUGGGCUUCGCAUUCACAAAGCAGUUACCACAUCAUGACGUUCUAGUGAUAUACAUGCCACACCAUAAUAGCGCCGGCCCCAGCCCCCUGACUCGCAUUCAUGUUUUGUGUUAAAUGCAAACUAGUCUUUUUAUUCUCCUUUUGUGUUGGCAAACGACUGUUUAAU